AUGGCCGACGACAGCGAGCCCGACGACAGCGACGACGAAGACACGGGCAAGCUGCGCAACGAAAUCGAGGCGGCGCUCAAGCGCGACGAGCAGACGAGCUUGAUCGCUGGUCCCGUAGCGACAGUGCACGAGGUGCAGAAGGUACCUGUGAAGAAGGCCGACGUGCAGCUCACGUCCGACUGUCCCAUCGACCGCAUGGGCUACGUGCUCAACAUCAACCGCGCGGGUCCGUCGAUUACGAUCCAGGGACACCCACACCAAGCCAUCUUGGACGAAGGCAGUGUCUUGUGUCUCCAGAGCCGCGUCGUCCUCGGCUGCGUCGACGAGGUCUUUGGCCAGGUCAAGCUGCCCAUGUACCUCAUUCGCUUCGAGAAGCCCGAAGACAUUCCCGAGUCUGUCGCGCUCCAGGCCGCUGUCUUCUACACGACGCAGCACGCGACGUACGUGGAGACAUCCAAGCUCAACGUCAAGGGCACGGACGCCUCCAACUUGUACGACGAAGAAGUCGGCGCCGAGGAAAUGGAGUUUUCCGACGACGAGGCAGAGGCGGAAGCCCGACGCAAGCUCAAGGCGACCAAGCGCAAGCACAACCCGGAUGCUGCGCCCAAGGACCUCCUGGCCACCCCCACCAAGGACCUCCGGGUCACCCCCACCAAGGACCGCCGCGGCCUCAUUUUUACCCGCCGCAGUUCCCGCCGCACCCGCACCACCCGCAGUUUCCGCCGCACCACCACCACCACGCGCCUCCGCCGGGAUACUUUUGAGCAGCCGCCGCGCGGAUAUUUUGAACAGCCACCGCCAGGGUACGGGUACCCGCCCCAGGGCGGAGGCUACCCGGGCCCGCACCAUCAUCAUCCGCAAGGCCCUCCCCGCCACCACCAUCAAGGCCCACCUCCACACAACAUGCCGCCGCACCAUCACCCUGGGCCGUUCCCGGGUCCUCCCGGGCACCCGAUGCACCCCGACCAGCCGCAGCACCCCAGUCCGUGGCACCAACAAGGCCCGCCGCCGCCGUACUUCCAGCAAUACCCGCCCCGUCCGCCGCCGCAGGACGACCCGUACCAUUACCGCAACUAG